CCGCGGCACAGCCCCCCAACUGCAUCAGUGUGCGGGGCGUCUCCUACAGUGUCAGGUAGGACAAGGGAUCCUGGAGCCGAGAGAGAGUGUUGGCCCCUGGUGGAAAGUUCCUUUACACCAUACAAAAUGGACUCGGCAAAUACUUAAAGAUGUUUCAUUUCAUGUAGAGAGUGGCCAGAUUAUGGGGAUUUUAGGAAACUCUGGAUCUGGGAAAACAACACUCCUGGAUGCAAUAUCAGGAAGACUGAAAGAUAAGGACAAUUUUUUUGGUGAAGUGUAUGUGAAUGGGCAUCACUUGAAGAAGGAACAUUUUAGAGAUUGCUUCUCUUAUGUGCCACAGAAUGAUGCUUUGCUAAGCUUCCUCACCAUAGAAGAGUCUCUGACCUACACAGCUUUACUUGCUCUUCAGAAGUGCUCCAACAACUUCAUCAAGAAGAAGGUCGAUGCUGUUAUGGCUGAGCUGAGUCUUAGCCACAUUGCCAACAAAAUAAUUGGAAGCCAAAUAUAUAUAGGAAUUUCUGGAGGUGAGAGGCGUCGUGUCUCAAUUGCAGCUCAGCUAUUACAAGAUCCCAAGGUCAUGCUGCUUGAUGAACCAACGACAGGGCUGGAUUGCCUGACUGCAAACCAGAUCGUCUCACUGCUUGUGGAACUUGCACACAAUGACAGGAUUGUGAUUAUCACCAUUCAUCAGCCUCGCUCAGAACUCUUUAGGUUAUUUGACAAAAUAGCCAUCAUGAGCUUUGGAGAAAUGGUUUUCUGCGGGAACCCUAUGGAAAUGAUCACAUUUUUUAGCAACUGUGGCUAUUCAUGUCCUGAACAGUCAAAUCCUUUUGAUUUCUAUGUGGAUCUGACUUCUGUGGACACUCGAAGCAAGGAACGUGAACUUGAAACCUAUAGCAGGGUUCAGGUGAUUAUAUCAGCUUACAAAAACUCGGAGAUCUUUAGGAAAGUACUGGAAGCCAUUGAGAGAACAAGGUUUAUGAAAGACCUUCCACCCAUACCAUUCAAAAACAAAGACUCACCUGGUACCCUUCCCAAAUUAUGGUUUCUAUUAAGGAGGAUAACAAGAAAUUUCUCUAAAGAUAAGAUGGGCAUAAUUAUGCGUCUCCUCCAGAAUCUUCUGUUUGGCUUGUUUGUAGCAUUUUUCCUUCUUAGACUAACGCCUGAGCUGGAAAAAGGAGCAGUACAGAACCGCGUGGGUUUCCUCUACCAGUGCGUGAGUGCUCCCCCCUACACAGGGAUGCUCAAUGCUGCUGCCCUUUGUGAGUUUCUGUCCUCUACUAUUGCAACAGCAGUCCCACCUUUACGUGCUAUCAGCGACCAAGAAAGCAAAGAUGGCUUGUAUCACAAGUGGCAAAUGCUUUUAGCUUAUAUCAUACAUAUCCUGCCCUUCAGUAUUCUCAGCGUGGUAAUUUUCAGCGUCUUUAUGUACUGGACUAUAGGGUUGCAUCCUGAUCCUUUCAGAUUUGGAAUUUUCUUUGCGGUUGUCUUUGCGUCCCAUGUAAUUGGUGAACUACUCACCCUUGUGAUGCUUGGGGUUAUUCAAAACCCAAAUAUAGUCCAAAGUGGAGUGGUGCUGCUUAACUCAGCAGGUGUGGUAGUGGGAGCUGGACUCGUAAGGACCAUAGAAGAAAUGCCAAUGCCUUUUCAAAUACUCAGUUUUCUCACCUUUCAAAAAUACAGCAGUGAGAUUCUGGUAGUCAAUGAAUUUCAUGGCCUAAACUUUACUUGUAAUGGAGACAACGGUUCCACUACGAUAAAUGCUGCAUGUCCAUUCUCCCAUGGCAUUGAAUUCAUUGAACAAAACUUUCCUGGUGCAUUAUCCCGGUUCACAAUGGAUUUCCUACUGCUCUAUGCUUUCCUACCUGUACUUACCAUUAUAGCAAUCUUGAGCUUCAAAAUAAGAGAGAAGAUUAUUAGCAGGCAGUGAAAAAAGGUAGCAGUACUAACAAAGCUUCAAAGCUUGAUCUGCUGGAUUUUAUAUAGAAUUUAAGCAAUCAAACACAUAGAAACACAUUCAUCUUCCCUUGCUUGAUUCUAAGUAGACACUUUCCGUCUUAAAAAACAAUGUUCUAACAAGAGUGUGAAUGACUUCCUGCUAUUCCUGGUAUUCCCACCCCUUUUUCCUCUCCCAAAUCAGCCAUUCCAAUAGUAUUACAAGUUUUAGAGGACUUCUAAAAUUUGAUUUAGUCUGCUGAUGUGUUCAUUCUUCAACAAUGUAUCUAACGAUGCUCUAAUGUUUUCCAUAGUACUUUUUUUUUUUUUUUUUUUUAAGCUAU